AUCAUGCGUGCAUUGGUAUUUAUUGAAUCAAAUGCGGAACGAUAAUGUUCAAAGAUGUAGAGCGAUAUAUUAUAAAUGGGUGGCUUUGCUAAAUAAUAAACAAUUAUUGUCUAUGGGCAAGACACUGAGAUACAAACUGAAUAUGGCCCGAGUCCUUGCACGGUGAAGCUUACUGGCCUACGAGAAAGACCAAAAAGAAGAAACGACGAUUAUUAUUAACCUCACUCGUGCUGCUUCGGAGUAGGCAUCAAGGAAUUUGAAUAAUUGGUUUGGCACGUUCCAAGAAAUAUCAUCUAAAUGGCAGCAAAACCCUUUUCAAACGAAGAAUUAAAUUUCUUCAAAUUUUCAUCCAUCGUUUUUGACGAGUUUCCGAACAUGCUACGUGCGACAUUUGUGAAACUUUGGAACACAAAGAUUUCAGUUCUUGGAUGUAACGAAUGGGACGACACACCCGAAGUCCGCGCUCUUUUCUUGAAACACGAAGGAGGAACGACUGAUGUACCAACCAACAGAUCGUACCAUGAUUGGGAUUGUACAAAUCUGUUUAGAGCAACCAUUUACUCGAAGACCUUCGGAAUUUCCACCAUGUUCAAGACUCAAACACUGAACGACCAAUAUAUAAAAGGGAGAAAAACCAGCGAAUUUCACCCCUCGCUGAUCAGUCCAGGCGGAAUCGAAGAAGAAACAUUAACUUUAGCCAUUGACCAAGUUCGACUUCUUAGAAACCAUCUGUGCCACUUGUCCAAAUCCAAAAUGAAAAAAGCUGAUUUCUUAAAGUAUGUUCAACUCGCUAAAGAUGCUUUUGCCGCAACUGGAUACUCGACCUUUCGAGUUGAUUAUAUUGGCAAUCUUAAAGAGGAUGAUUUUCCAACUAAUGAAGUUAAUAGGUUAAGAGGAACAGUCGAGUUUAUUUAUGAAAGAGUAACAGAAAUGAUACGCACAAUGAUCGAUAACAACGAACUCUUUCAAGUAGCGGUCAGAAGAUAUUCUAAUAGAGCUGAAGAGAAUGAAGGGGAUCAAUGUAUUGAAACAGGCUGUUUAGCAAAGGAAGGAGUUAUUCUCGUAAUAUUUUUCAACGGAAGAAUAAAGCAUGAACAAGAGCCAAGAGAUUUGGACAUAGAGGCUUCUAUUGGCGAUUUGCUUGAUGCACUAAAAAAAGAUCCUCGCUUAGUAGGUGUUCUCGAGAACGCAGUGAAAAGAGCUUUGGGUUCUGAGAAACAUGACCAAGAAAUAACAAACAUCGAAAAAGGAAGUCUUCUUGUUUCAUUGCACUGCUUUACAGAUGAACGGUUUCUUGAGGUUUUGGAUGAUCUUGAAUCCAAAAGGCUUCAGGAAAGUUUUCUGAAGGAACUUGCUCUGAUUGGAAUUGAAAUGGAGGAAAUAGAGAUUAAGAUACUAAACAUGGAGGAGGUAAAUAAAGAAAGGAAUGCUGCUAAAACGAGGAUCGCAGUUAAGGAAGGAAAUCUUGAAGAAACGGAGGAAAGUAAAUCAAAACUUGUGAUGGAACCCAAGGAGCUAAAUAUUGGGAAGUUAGAAAACAUCAGAAUGAGGAAUCAUCUCGGAAUAGCUAAGACCGCACAUCGUUCAGGAGAUCACAACCUGAAUUCAGGUAAGUAUAAAGAGGCAAUUGAGUGUUACGAAAUAACCAUUGAAAGUUUAAAUGUAAUUGAAGAUUUAGGACUCACUCUAGUUCCAAACAUCAAGUCAAUUCUACACUUAAAUAAGGGCAUGGCUUAUUCUGGAUUGAAAGAAUAUCAAAAUGCAAUUGACUGCUUCAAAAAGGGUUUAUCACUUAGUGACGAUAAGAUUCCAGUAGCAAGAGGCAGCGAAGGCUUAGGUCGUGUUUAUUUCGCGUUAGGCCAAUAUGAAGAGGCCAUUAACAGUUAUAAAAUAGCUCUAGAUGCAAACACUGCCAUUGGGGACAAACAGAGAAUUGCACAUGAAUACAUCAAUAUUGGCGCUUGUUAUGCAGUUUCAGGCGAAGAAAGAAAGGCUAUUGAAUACUUAAAAAAAGGCUUGGAAAGAAGUAUUGCUGCUGACGAUCGCAUCGCAAUUGCCGGCCACAAAAAUUUAGGCCACUGCUAUUCGAGGUUAGGGGAGCAUAAAAAUGCCAUUUACCAUUUCGAAAAAUAUUUCGAAUUUACCUCCAAGGACAGUCAUUCAAAAUUUGAGAUUAUGGCUUUACUAAUAGCAUAUAAUGAUUCAGGUGAAAGGAAGAAAGCCGUGAAAUUAUUAAAAAAAACCCCGCAAGUAUUCAAGUUUGUUUUCGAAGCUAAAAACGCUAAAAACGAUUCUGAAUUUGCAUCUGAUUGUGCAAAUGCGGGGCUUACGUAUGCAAUAAGUGGUGAAAAUGAGAAGGGAAUUGAGCUUUGCAAAAGGGGAUUGGAAGCAAGCACUGCAAUAGAAGAUCAUAUUAAUAUCGCACGAAACAAUAAAAACUUGGGUACAAUCUAUUCAAUGAUGGGGGAGCAUGAAAAGGCUAUUUACCAUUACGAGGAAAAUUUGAAGAUUACCACUUCUAUUGCCAGUCCCUCAGAGAUUGCAUUUCAAAAUAGACUUUUAGGUGACGAAUAUCUUAGUUUGCAUAAAUACGAAGAGGCCAUCGAUUCUUAUAAAACCAGCUUAGGAAUUAACAUUUCAAUUGAUUAUUGCGAAGGAAUGGUAGAUUCGAAAAUCCAUUUGGCCUGUGCGUAUCGCGCAAUGGGAGAAUUCGAGAAGGCCAUUGAAUGUCAUGAAGAAAUUAACAAACUUUGCAUCGCUCGUGACUUCAAGAAAGGAAUAUCAUUCAAUUAUAGCAAUAUGGGUUUCGUUUAUGUUGAGUUAGGCGAAUACAGAAAAGCAUUAGAUUGUUUCAAAAAAGUAUCAACUGACGAGUUUAGCGAUGACGAUAAAUCAAAUAUUGAAGCACAUUAUGCUAAUAUGGGCUGUGCUUAUUUGUUUAACGGUGAGUAUAAAUUGGCAAUCGACUCUUUCGAAAAAUCGUUAAAAAUAGCAACUGAAGAGGAAAACCUAUCGCAAAUAGCAAUUACCAAUUGCCUUUUGGGUCAAGCUUAUCUGAAAGUAGAAGAGGAAGAAAAGUCUCUCAAAUAUUUAAAAGAUAGUUUAGAAAUCUGCACACAACUUGGUGAUAAACCAUUACUGUUUUCAAAAGCACAGCGCAGCAUGGGUGAUGUAUUUUUGGGUUUUCGCGAUCUUGAAAUGGCGAUUAAUUGUUACACGAAAGGUUUAGAGAAAGCGGAAGAAGUGGGCAGUCAACGAGAUAUAGCAAGUUGUACUGCCUGUUUGGGUAAUGCCUAUUUUCAUCUAGGGCAGUAUGAAAAAGCGAUUUUUUAUUCGAAAAAGGCUUUAGAAAUAAGCACUACUAAUGAUCAACGCAUUUUAAUACCAUCAAUCAAUUUAGUAUUGUGCAAUAUAUAUAUCAAUUUAGGUGAAUAUGAAAAGGCUAUUGAAUAUUGUAAAGUGAGUUUAGAAGUUAGAACUGCUAUGGGAGACCCCAAACAGAUAGCAAGCUGUAAUGAAACUUUUGGUAAAAUUUAUUCUUUGUCAGGGCAGUACGAAGUCGCAUCAACAUAUUUAAGAAAAUCUAUUAUCGACUACGAUCAACUUUUCUUAAAUGAGGUUCCAGAUCUAAAUAAGCUCUCAUUUGCAAAUAGCUACAUCGAAGCUCAUAACUUAUUAAUGAGUUGUUUCGUUUCUUUGAGUCGCAUAGAAUCCGGGUUAUUAGCGAUUGAUUUGGGUAGAGCUAAAGAGCUUCAUCUCUGCAUUGAAAGGAAACACAAUGCCUUGGACGAAAAUAUGUUGGGAUAUGCAGGUACUAUAUGGGAUAAAAUUGAGAACAGAGAAGAACAGGAAGAAAUAGGGAGAAUACAGAAUAUCUUCCAGGUAGAAAAUAAUGAAGCCUCAAUAUUGGUAUUUGCUUUCGAUAUAAAAAAGUGUCUCAAUGUUUGGAUUUUAAAUGGAAAUACUAUCUUUAUGCAGUGGGAGGAAAAAUUUGAGUCAUUUCUUUGGUUGAUAAGCAAGUUGUCUCAAAGCUUCGAAAUAAGCAUGAAUCGCGAUUCUUCAUUUUUCAAGCUUUAUCCUUCUGACAAUCUGUUAAAUCCAAUGAAUUCUGGCGUUGAAGUACCUAGCAAAAUGUUUGAGCCCAAAACGUCGCUUGAGAAUACUUCUGGCAAAGUUGAUAUGAACAAUGAAAACAUUUUAAAAGAGUUGUAUAAGCUUCUUAUUGACCCAGUUAAGGAUGUGGUUAAAGGCAAAAAGCUCAUUGUUGUUCCUGACAAGCAGUUGUUCUUUCUUCCAUUUUCUUCAUUGAUUGAUGAAAAUGACUGUUAUUUGUCCCAGAGUUACAGCAUUCAAAUAACGCCUUCGUUGCACACUCUAAAAUUAAGCAUGGAACGAUCAAACGAUUCGGCCGACUCUGGUUUUGCGUUGUUUGUUGGUAAUCCAACUGUGGGAAGGGUCUCUUUAAAUGACGUCCAAAUAGAGCCGGCAAGCCUACCUAAUGCUGCUGAGGAAGUUGCAAGUCUUUCAAAGCUCUUCGCAGCAAGGCCUCUAGUAAAAGCUGAAGCAAAAAAACAGGUUGUUCUCGAACUUUUAAGUGAUGCUAGUAUAAUUCAUAUUGCUGCUCAUGGUGAACCAAGGAGAGGAGAAAUAAUGCUUGCUCCUGACCUUUCCUUAAAUGAACCAUCUUCUUCUCUUCCUGAUCAAGAUUCCUAUCUCCUGACACAAAAGGAUAUUACGGGAAUUCCGCUGCAAGCUCGCUUGGUCGUCCUAUGCUGUUGUCAUACAGGGAAAGGUAAGAUUUCUUCAGAAGGUGUCAUAGGUGUAGCUCGGUCUUUUCUUGCUGCUGGAGCUCGCUCUGUUCUCGCCACACUCUGGCCCAUUAGUGAUGAUGCAACAAAAGAGUUCAUGGAAGCAUUUUACGGCGAACUGCUUCAGAAAACGUCAGUUUGUGAAGCGUUAAGAAGGGUAAUGAACCUCUUUCAGCAACACGAAAGAAAAGAUUACCGCUCAUUUUUUAUUUGGGCUCCAUUUACUCUCUAUGGAGAGGAUGUGAUGUUUACAAAAGGCGACAUUGAGACGAUCAGAAAAAAAUCCAGUGAAACUCUACCCGAGUGUGGUUUUGCGUUGUUUGUUGGUAAUCCAACGUCAGACUUGCCUAAAGCCACUGAGGAAGUUAAUUCUCUGUCAAAGCUUUUCAAAACCAAGGCCUUCGUGGAGGACGAAGCCAGGAAACAGGUUUUGCUGGGACUUUUGAGCGGGGCAAGUAUUAUCCAUAUUUCUGCACAUAUUGAACCUAAGCAAUGUGCAAUAAUGCUUUCUCCAUGUGUCUCCUCGAAUCAAGCAUCUUCCACUCUUCCUGAGCAGGAUGACUUUUUGACGCAAAAGGAUGUUCAGGGUCUUUCUCUGAAAGCUGGCUUGGUUGUUUUAUGCCUACGUCUCUCUGAGCAAGACGAGAUCUCUCCAGAAGGUGUUGAAACUUUAGCUCUGUCUUUUCUUGCAGCCGGAGCUCGCUCUGUUCUUACCACACUAGGGCACAGUGAUGAUGAUGCAACAACAGAGUUUAUAAAAGCAUUUUAUAAUCACUUACUGCAUGAAUCAUCAGUCAGGGAGGCGCUAGAGAAGACAAAGGAACUCCUAAAAAAGCGCGAUAAAGGGUCGCAUCGAUCCUUUGUAGGUAGAGCUCCGUUUACAAUCUACGGGGAAGAUAUGAUGUUCCAAAAACAUGAUAUCGAAACGAUAAGAGAGAAAUCUGACAAAAUGUUUUCUGGUUUUGUUGUAUUGCCAUCUGAUGAGCUUACUGGUUCGUUUAAAAAUCUUGACCUGGAAGAUAAACCAUAGUAUACGUAAUCGUUGUCUUUCCUGUAGUUCAUGUUUAGGAAAGUUAUCAAUUUACAGUUGAUUUAAUGUCAAUUUAAAGAAAGUUAUCAAUAGUUUCGAUUCUUUAGUAAGUAUUUAACGCUUUUAUAGUUAAAAGAAUGUUUUUAACUUGAAAGGAAGAGUAUACCAGGGUAUUCUUAAUGAUAUAUUUCAUUCAAUCAUGUAAUCGUACAGUUCCGUUUGUAUGAAAUUCAGAAUGUGCAUCCGAGUUUUUAUGUUUGUUUGCGUGUUUGUUGAUGAGCGCGUAAACUUAUUAUUAAACAUAUUAUAAUACUAUUAUAAACAUAUUCUUAUUAAGUGUAUUUUUACCAAAUUUUGUGUAUGCAUUUCCUCUCGGUCAUCGAAGAAUGAUUAAAGUAUUGUUAAAUUUGAUGGUAACUUUAAGGCAAAAUUUCCAAAAAUUAUGUAUUGUUUUUCCCGAUCAGUUAGGAAAACGUCCUGCACGUGUACAUUUAUUCACGCACGCAUGUAUUGUGCUAGGACCAGGUUAGACCAGUUUCCUUUAGCUCAGCUUCAUCAGUUACAUGGCACAUAAAUUAACAUUUUGCGGCUCUGUACGACGGUGCAGUCUCCGAGUGCCCUUUAAGACAUGACAGAGGCAGAUGUACUAAUUUUAUGUGCAAUUUUUUCUCACCACAAUCAGCAGCUAUUUUCCACAGUUUGGUGUCCGUUAUAUAAAAGGCGAUUCUAUAGCAUGCUGUUUACCACGCAAAGAUCUUUCUGCUUUCUGGUGUAAGUAAAGCAUUCAACCUUCAACUCAUAGAUUUACUAAACCUCUCUGAAUGCAGGUUCAUAGGCAUCGCGCCCGCGAGACUCUACGCUCGCAGUAAAGAGAAAGAGCAGAGGUUUUCUUGUUGCAUCAUCACAUAGCUGAUAAACCGAUUUAGCAAUUGCAAAAUCGAAGAGGCUCCCAAGAAACUCGAAGAGGCUGCCAAGCUGCAUGCCACUCCAUGUGGAUCAUGUAACUACAAUUCCCAGUUUUCAAGAAUUAUCCAAUGUGUUUUUCAACAUUUCGAAGAUAGAUUGUUUCGUGCGUGAAAUUUUAUAAAUUUGAAGGUUGUUUCAUUUUAGUUAUUUUAUAAAGCAAAUAUUAAAUGGUUUUAGCGUGAUACUGCACUUGGGAUUCGAGCUUUUUCACGCUUUGCGAGAGUCUUGCAAUAUCCUGCGUGCAGUAUGACGAUAUGCUGCAAUACUAAAACCAUUUAGUAUUCCAUUAAUGGUAUACUAAUAUUGAAUGUUUACGAGGGCAAUGGUAAGAAGACUUUCAUGAGGUGAAAGGUGGAUUAUUUCAUUAACGGAGCCGAAUUAAUUGUUUUAUACCACAUCAAAGAAAACACAAAAAAGAUUUAAUGUUAUUGAAUAAACAGUUUGUGUUUAUGAACAACCCCAUCGGCCAUAUUAUUUCGAUUCGUGAACAAAUGUGUCGAAGUACGAUACCAUUAAUACCGUGCAUGAGUGAUUGAAUUUUGUGAAAAAGAAAAUGUGCAUUGAGAAAAACUUGCACAGCUUGACAGUGCAAUGAAAACAUUCAUUACACGGUCAGUAAAAUGAAAAUUUUCCAUGUAAUGCCACAAAAUCACAAACAAUUUAAUUAUAAUUUAUUAUAAUUUCUCUUUCAAUGGAGGAUAAUGAAAAAAUGCUCGUGAACAACGCUAGCUCUUCGCUUCUUCAUAUUAAGAAGAAUUUGAUUACUCGUUUUAAAAUCCCAAAAGUUAAUAUUCCUCUCGAGUAAACAAAUUUUUCAUGGUUCUCAACAGUGUCGAUUACUCAAUUUCAGCAUACCUCGGGAAGGUCCUGGGGUGUAAUUCUAAAACAUGGCUCUAGUACGAGCAAAGAGUAGCUAUUACUCGCUAUAAAUUGUGACAAAGCACAGGACUUAGUUAUCUUAAGUAAGAAAAAAACAUUGACCUUUAACCAACAUUCUAUAACCUGGUGGAAAAACAAUAUCCGGAUUUUAUUGGCAUAUAACCAGAAUAAGAAAUAAGAAAUAUGAUGAUUAUAAUGAUUCGAGCCUUCGUGCCUCGUGCAGAAGACCACGUCCCAAAUUAGCAAGCAGUGAUGUUCUAACUAGUCACGCGAGAACAUUCCGCGUGCUUUGAAGAUAUUUCAAUUUUAUCAUUUUAUUAAAAUCAGUCAAAAGAACUUCGCAAGGAAAUCACGAGUAACAUAAUCACGAGUUGCAAAGGAAUGGAAAGUUGCCAAGUUUCUGUGAAAAACUUUGCGGAUGUGCCGUUUCAACGGAAUACAAAAUAAUGUGGACACGGAGACACGGAAAUUAAGAACGACGAAAUUACAUGAAUUAGAAAUAUGAACUAGACCCGCGUAAAAAAAGGAAAAGAGACGCCCGAUUGUCUAAUAUGCAGAGAUAUGGUGGAAGAUGAAAGCCAAACAGUAUAAUUACCAAUAUUUACCAUGUGGUUUACAGUGACCGCAGUAAAAGUGUACACUGAUCUCUUUCGCCCAAGAUUAUAACAUUCCUCUUUUUGCAUUGAAAAUGACGUCUUUUAGAAAAGCAGUAGCAAUACUAUAAAUGGAUUAAAAGGAUAUGAGUUUACAACGUGUAUAUUUACAACUCGAUCAUCGUGAUUAUAUUCGAACAGUAUUUCUCGUGGAAAAGGUGGCAUAUUGUCUCAUGAACUUCACACCCUGAAGCGAUGAAAACGUUCAAAAAGGAUUCGUACAGUUCACAAGAUGGUUAUAAGGAAUGUUGGUAAUAAUCUAAGUAGACAUAUAGAUUUGAGCAUAGCCUAUAUUAAUGAUACGUGGUAAUGGAAGUGUUCAAUUAUACAUAAACUUAUUAGUUUAUUAAUUUACUAUUUUGAAACCUCACUGUACAUUUGAUAAACGUCUUAAUCAUGCUCCAAUCCCCUAUGAUUUUGGUCUAAAUUCGGCACUCCUAAUAAAGUUAUCGAAGUGAGAAGUUGAUCAGUUAAACUAAA